AUGUCGAUUCGCAAGCUCAACGUGCAGACCUUCCCGCGCCCCCCGCUGGUCGAGAGGGCGCCCCGUCACAUUCAGAUCAAGUGGCAUGGUCAGCUCAUCGCCGACGUCCCUCCUGGUGAGGCGUACUGGGUUCUGGAGACCCAUCAUCCACCCACUUACUACAUUCCUCCCUCGCUCGUGCGCCUCCCCCUCGCGACUACUCCCAGGUCGACCUUCUGCGAGUGGAAGGGUACCGCCACAUACUACUCCAUCAUGAGCCCCAUUUCCGCCGCCGAGACCAUUUCCAACAGAAUCUGGGCCUACAACGAGCCCGCGAAGGGAUAUGAGGCCAUCAAGGGCUACCUUGCCUUCUAUGCCUCCCCUUGGGAGUGCUAUGUCGACGGCGAGCGCGCCCAGCCCCAGCCCGGUGACUUCUAUGGCGGUUGGGUCACGAGCGACGUCGAGGGUGUCGUCAAGGGCCAGUGGGGAACCUGGGAUCCCGUCCUCUAA